UUUUUUUUAAUAAAGCCAAAGUUCAGGCUAACUUCCGGGAUCCGGUGUGAAUGAAAGAGAUGAAUGUGACAGGUUUAAAUGCGGACUGAAAAUGUUUACAGUCAUCGCGCGCUGAUGAAUGCAUAAUAUAUAAAGGAUUCAAGAAAUAUUUCAAGAUUGAAAAAAGGACAGAAUAACCAUACAUAAAACUUACCUGCAUAUAAGCCGAAAUCUUCUUUUAAAAAGCAAUGGAUUCAACAGAGGCUACCAAAGGGAAGGAGAGUGUUCAGAAAAGAUCUCCUCUGGAUCUGAUAAUGAACCAGCUCCGAAGGAAAGCCUCUUUCACGGAAAGAAAGAAACCGGCUGUGGGCCGCCUCUUCCGCCCAUCGGAGAGCAGUGACAAGAGAAACGUAGGCAUACCUGAAGUGAAAGAAUCAGAGGCCAGUGAGGGAAAGGAAAAUAAUGAGCCUGGGAAAGAGAUCAAUGACACAGAUGAUGAGGCUGGCUCUGUUGUGGGCUGGGGUCGGGUGAAGCAGUUCGUUCAGAAGCUUGGGAAAACCCCUCACAGUCAAAAUCUGAGCCUGAGCCACUGUGAUCUGACAGCUACAGAUGUGGUGGAACUAGCCACCUUACUGCCAUUUCUGGCUCAGCUGGAGGUGAUGGACCUGUCCUGGAAUGAUCUGGUUGGAGGCUCCCUGAAGGCACUUACUAUCCAUCUGCAGCAUGUAGGAAAACUGAGAGUGCUGAAGCUGUGUAGCUGCAGAUUAACAAAUCAAGACCUUACUGCUCUUGGUGAGGCUCUUGACUGCAUUCCUCUAAUAGAGGUGCUAGAUUUGUCCUGGAAUGUUGGCGUCGGUGCGGGAAAUUUCAGACACUUCGCAGAACACCUCCAAGCUGAAAGCACACUGAAAGAACUCCGCCUGGUGGACUGUCAGCUCUCUGAGACAGACAUUACCGCUCUGAGUGAGGCUCUUCGCAUGUUGUCUAGUUUGGAGGAGUUAGAUCUGUCCAAUAAUAAGCUGUCAAUCAAGGGAAUGGAGAACUUCACCUCCUCUCUAGGCUCAACUCCACAACUGAAGACCCUAAAACUGAGCAUGUGUGGACUCAGUAAAGACAGCAUCAGUAUUCUGGGACAGGCACUCAGGUCCGUCCCUGCGCUAGAGCACAUCAAUCUGUCAUGUAAUAAGGAAGCUGGUGGAGGUCUCACCAUGCUGUCUACUAACCUAGCUCUCCUCACACACCUGAGAAGUCUGGACAUGCAUCUGUGCUGUCUAUCAAAGGAAGAUGUGUUGGCUUUAGUCCAGGUAGCUUCAUCUCUCAAAGAGCUCAGAGAACUGGAUUUGUCGUCCAAUAAAAGUGUUGGAGAGACACUCCAGAAUCUUCUGCAAACCCUCCCUCUUUCUCAGAUAACCAAACUUCCAUUAAACAACUGUGCUUUGAGCACACAUGCAUGCCAUGCCCUUGCUACCGCAAUGCAGAUGCUAAAACAGCUUGAAAGGCUGAACUUGUCAUGGAACAAGUGUGUAGGAGAAAAUCUGAAACAAUUUCUGGAGCCUUUGCAGCCUGAUUGCAAACUACAGGACCUCCGACUGAGCAGCUGUAAUUUAACCACUGAAGAUGUGCUACAGCUAGAAUCUGCUUGCCAGCGUGGAGUUCUGUCCCAUCUGAAACAGCUGGAUUUGUCUUAUAAUGGGAGUGUUGGGGAUGGUGGUUGGAUGUCCCUUUUUGGGAAGGCUGCUGCUCUAAAGGGACUGGAGGAGCUGGAUGUCAGUCUGCGACCUUCUGCGUCUCUCUCUGUGUCUCCCUGGCUGCCCGCCUUGUUGGAGGCCCUUCCACAGCUUUCGUCCCUCACCCGUCUGUCUCUGCAGCACUGGGGUCUGAGCUCAGCUGAGAGAGAGAAGCUGGAAAAAAUUCUUCGCAAGAAGAAUGUCAUCCUGGAAUGUGACAGGCUGGCCAUGCCAAAGGCGGCAGGUUAAUGAGAAGCAUUUCAGCCGCUUUGACAGUUACUGAAGCUGCAAAUCAAGAAGUUACUGACAAUGUAUUGAUUUUCCUUUGACUCAUUUUCUUUUUUAAACGUUUUUAUUUUUAUUUUAAAUCACACAAUUAAUCAUAUAAAAAAGAGGGUGUUUUAUCAUCAAUUUAAAGUAUCAGAAAUUAAAAUUUAACUCGUCGGCAUAGGGUUAAGGUAGGGUGACCAUACGUCCUAAGUACUGAGAUUCUAAAUUGCCUAAAAUGUUCUGGUUUUAUCAUAAACUUUAUCAUUAUUUACUUAGAUCUGCAUGAAGAUUCAUCAAUUUUCAUUUGUGGGUUGAAUAUUGUUUGCACUACAGUAGAGAUUAUUCUUGUCGGACAAGUAUUUAGAUUUUAUUAAUUUGCUUCUUUUCUCAUUUACAUAAAACAAAAAGUUAGUUUUCGACUAAACUUGCUAAAUCAAAAUCUCUCUGACUUUUAUCUGUCCUGCCAAAACUGUGGGAAAAUUUGCAUGUGACACCCAAUACAGCGAAGACUAAGUGUCAGAGCAAAUCAUUUACAUAAAUGACGUGUUUUUUGCAGACAUCAUGGCAGCCUGUGACAUUUCCAAACACUGGACACAUGGACAUAAAGGCUGUAAUCAAAAACACUAACUUUGUGAGUAAUUAUAAUAAAUACAAAUGUAACCAA